AUGUCGCCAGGGCCCAGCUCCGAGUCAGGUGGCGCCGCAGACGCGAGGCGCGGGGCCCUCCCAGCUCGUCCGGGGACGCGGGGCGCGGUCACGCAGUCCCUCUUCCUCCUGCCGGGGCGGCCCGAGCGGCGCAGCCGGCCCCGCUCUGCGGACUCCGGGGCGGCCCGGGCGCGCGUCUGCCGGAAGUCCCCGCGCAGCAGGCGGCUCCCCGCCGCAGCGGGCGCCCUGGCGCUCCCCGGGGCCCGGGCCCGCGGCUGCGCGGCGGCGACCAAAAUGGCCCAGAGGCGCCGCCACGCGGAGGUCGCCAAAGGAUCCCCGAGUCCGGCGCCCCCGAGCUCGCGCGCGGCGCUUUACGUGCACUGGCCGUACUGCGAGAAGCGCUGCAGCUACUGCAACUUCAACAAGUACGUCCCCCGCGGCGUGGAGGAGGCUGCCAUGCGGAGCUGCUUGGUGACUGAGGCGCGGACUCUGCUGCGGCUCAGCGGCGUGCAACGGGUGGAAUCUGUGUUCUUCGGUGGGGGCACCCCCAGUCUGGCCAGUCCCAGCACCGUGGCCGCUGUCCUGGAGGCAGUGGACCAGGCAAGCCACCUGCCUGCAGACUCCGAAGUCACAUUGGAGGCCAACCCCACCUCGGCCCCAGGCUCCAGGCUGGCAGCUUUUGGGGCAGCGGGUAUCAACAGGGUGUCCAUUGGUCUCCAGUCCCUAGACGACACGGAGCUCCGGCUGCUGGGGCGGACACACUCGGCCAGCGACGCUCUUCAGACCCUGGCCGAGGCCCGGCGUCUCUUUCCCGGGCGUGUAUCUGUGGACCUGAUGCUGGGGCUGCCGGCACAGAAGUUGGGGCCGUGGCUGCAACAGCUGCGGGAGCUGCUGGGCUGCUGUGACGACCACAUCUCCCUCUACCAGCUGACCCUGGAGCGGGGCACCGCACUCUUCACCCAGGUGCAGCGGGGCACCCUUCCCGCCCCCGACCCCGAGGUGGCUGCUGAGAUGUAUGAGGAGGGCCGGGCGCUGCUGCGGGAGGCAGGCUUCCGCCAGUACGAGGUCUCCAACUUCGCCCGCAGUGGGGCGCUUAGUACCCACAAUUGGAAUUACUGGCAGUGCGGUCAGUACCUUGGCGUUGGGCCCGGGGCCCAUGGGCGAUUUGUGCCCCAGGGGGCCAGGGGCCACACCCGGGAGGCUCGGAUCCAGACCCUGGAGCCGGACAACUGGAUGAAGGAGGUCAUGCUGUUUGGUCACGGCACCCGGAAGCGUGUGCCCCUGGGCAAGCUGGAGCUGCUAGAGGAAGUUUUGGCCAUGGGGCUACGUACAGACGUGGGGAUCACUCACCAGCACUGGCAGCGGUUUGAGCCCCAGCUGAGCCUGUGGGAUGUGUUUGGAUCCAGCCAGGAGGUGAAGGCAUUGCUGAUGCAGGGCCUGGUGCUGCUGGAUCACAGAGGUCUUCGGUGUUCGUGGGAAGGCCUGGCUGUGCUCGACUCUCUGUUGCUGACCCUCCUGCCUCGACUCCAAGAGGCCUGGCUGCAGAGAGCCCCCACCCCUGUGCAAGGAGGGUAACCAGAUGUUUCUGUAUCCCCGGACAGGGCCAGGUGGGCUCUGGAGGCCGGACUGACCCUCUCCACUCGCAGGUGCCGUCCUGGCUCCUGUCAGUGCCCGACCUUGGUGUCCCCGGGGGUGUGGCUACCGUGAGGUGCAUGGGAGGACUUCUCUGGUUUGGAAACUGGCAUCGAGUCUGCCCAGCACUGCCAGAGAAGGAGUGAUGGUUUCUCAAGAGCGUCUCAUUCGUGGGACGCUAAAGCCUAAAGCCUUCCUCUUUCGCUUUUGACAACCCAGUUAUGUCUGGGGUGUCAGAGCCUCCAGACCCUCCUGUGUCCCCUGCUCCCCUCCUCUCUACUUCUCUUGAGAGUGAAGGUCAAGGGGAGCUAAGCAGGGAAAGGGGAGGGAGGAGAAGAAUUCGAGAAAGAUCCAGAGCCUGGUAAUUUUCCUCUGGCCUUUUACCGGCAGAAACAAUCACCUGGUUUUAUUUAAACAGCCUCACAAGCCCAGGGAGGGAGCCCGCCUUGACCUUGAUCGUCUCCUUUUUCUAGGCUCCUUCCCUGGAGAGUAGAAUCCUGAUUUGGGGGCUCGAGGCUUAGUCCAGGGCUGAGAUUCCUUCCCCCACAGUACAUGCCAUUUUAAAAGAUCUCAAGCCUACAGGAAAGUUAAAAGCCGAGUUCAAUGUAAACUACAUAGCCUUCGUUGCAGGGUGUCCGUACAGUCUGGAAAGAGGAAGUAUUCAUAAUGUCAUCAAGGCCAUCUUCAACCUGUAAAAAAAUAAAAUAGCAAUGUUUCCAGACUUUGUGCUCAUCCCAUACAGUCGGUGACUGCUACACUUUGGCCACAUUUACUUUACCUUUGAAUCGCUGGCCGGCGCUUGCUUUCUUUCUUUUUCUUUGCUGCACCAUUUGAAAGAAGGGCAUAGACAUCAAACAUUUUAGCUUGUGUUUCCUAAGAAAAAGAACAUCGUCCAAUAUAGCCACAGCACCAUCACCAGGCUAAGGAAGUGUAUGUUCGUGCAACACCGUGUGGUCCAUUUUCAAAUGUUUCCAAAAUGCCAUAACUCUCUUUGGGGGACCGGGGGGCUCAAGAACACCGACUCCAAUAAAGUUUUAUGCUUUA